AUGGCGAUGAGCCUUUUCCAGAGCUGGUGCCGGGCGCUGAAGGUGGACGAGCGCCGGGCCCUGCUGGUCACCGGCCUCCCCGAGGGCCUGGGGCGCGCGGAGAUCGAAGCCACCCUGCGGCCCGCCUUCCUCCCGCUGGGCGAGUUCCAGCUGCGCACCGUCAGCCUGGGCAGCCGGGAGGACGCCAGGGCCGCCCUGGUGGAGUUCCCGGAAGACCUCGACGUGGACGCCAUCCCCAGGGAGGUCCCGGGCCCGGCCGGCGCGUGGCAGGUCCUGUGGAAGGACAGAUCGCAGGACAACGCGCGGGUCCUGAAACAGAUGAAGCGUCUGCUGCUGGACGAGAGGCCCGCCCAGGCUCCCGGGGCCCCGGAGCCCCAGGCGUCGGAGGCGGGGCCGGCCGGCGCCGCCGAGCCGCAAGACGAGACAGCCAAGAAAGCGCCCCGGGGCCGUCGGGGCGCCAGGCACCGGGCCCGAGGCCACAGGUUGACGGGCAAGUGCAAAAAGCGAAGCCGGGGCGGCCGGCCGGCCCGGAGCGAGGCCGACGACUCGUCGGAUGACAGCCUGGGCCUAGUGAUCGAGGAGCUGCAGGCCGAAGACCUGACGGUCGACGAGGACCAGCGGGCGCUGUACCAGACCCUCCAAGCCGCCGCCAAGGAGCUCCUGAAGAAGUGGACCUUCCAGGAGGACGCGGACGCGGGCGAUGGCCCCCGCGAGUUCCUCGCCCUGGUCACCGUGACAGACAAAGCCAAGAAAGAGGAGUUAGAGAAAGAGCUCCCCGGGACCCAGUCCAUAUGCUUGGACAUCCAAGAAGACAGGAACGGGGUCCCCGAUCUGGUGGCCCUGAUGGCCGUGCGGGAGCCCCUGGACAGCGACGAUUCGGGCAGCGAGUCGCAAGGUGAUGGGGACCCAGAAAAGGAAGGGCUGGACAACCCGGAGUUUGUGGCCAUCGUGGCUUACACGGAGCCCACUGACCCCUGGGCGCGCGAGGAGAUGCUGAAAAUCGCCUCCGUGAUCCAGUCGCUGGGCUGGGGUGACAAGCGCCAGGAGGGCGAGGCGCUGCCCCAAGUCCUGUCGGUCAUGUCCAGCGACACCUCGGGGACGCGCGUGAAAGUGGAGGAGGCCGGCCGCCAGGUGGACGCCAUGGUGCUGAGGAAGGCCGAGGAGGAUGGGAACCUUCUAGAAUGCAUCUCUACCCUGGCUGAACCCGAGAAUCGUCCAAAGGGCAAGAAGGGUGCGCUGGGCGUCCCCGGGAGCUGGAGCAAGGAGGGAGAAAUCCAGGGGGGCCUCCUGGAGUUGGUGGCGCUUCUGGCAGCGCAGGACAUGGUCCACAUUGUAAAAGAGGAGGAGGAGAACCGCUGCGGAGGGGCGGCCAAGUGUCACCACAAGAACGAUCUAGAAGAGGUCUUGACUUUCCUGGCUUCCCGAGAGCCUCCGGAGUCCAGCGAGGACUCGGAGGAGUCCGGGGACACGGAGUCCGAGUCCUCGGAGGACACCGACAGCCCCGAGUCGGAGCCCGAGGACCGCGCGUCCCAGAAGCCCCGCGCCAAGCGCGCGCGCACGGGCUCCAAGGGCCAGAUGCGCUCCACAGGUGUCAGAGACCCUCAAGUUGUUUCACUUCUGAUCCGCUCAGGACUGUCCUAA